AUGCUGGCAUUGGGCAUACUGUUGCACUUAAAUCAAGGUAUCAUCCAAUGGGUAGACAUGGAAAAAGCCCAAUUGGACAAAAACGCAAUGCUCGACUACCUAUGGACACCGAAAAAACAUAGACCAGUCAAACCAAAUCUAUACCCCACCACAACACUGACUGUCCACAUUUGGUCUAAAUUCCUAGAUACAGUAGGGGCCAAAGAAAAAUUCCACCCCAACGCUCCUCUAACCGUCUUAAGAGCCAUAUCACCAGACAUGCGUCUACAGACUUGGGUACAUGCAG